AUGGCACCAGCAGAGGAAGCAGCUCGCGGCGACGAGCGCAAACGGGCUAUUCUAGACCGCCAGCUGCACGGACUUGCCACAGAAGACAAGAGUGUGAAUGUAUUCCAAUAUUUUACGAGCUUGGACAAAGUGAUUCUGUUCGUGAGCUCGGUGUGCGCCAUUCUUGCUGGUGCCCUGAAUCCUCUUGUUCCUGUCAUUUACGGUCUCCUGGUAGGGGCGUUUAACGGAUUCGAGAUAGGUACUGUCACUGCAGACGAGUUACGCUCCAAGAUAUCAACCUUCAGUCUCUACUAUGUGUAUCUAAGCAUCGCACUCUUCGUCUUCACCUAUGUCGCUACCGUGGGAUACUACUUCUCCGGGGAACGCUUUGCGCGAGCCCUGCGAAAUGCUUAUCUUUCGGCGGUGAUGCGCCAGAAUAUGGCUUUUUUCGACCUUCUCGGGCCAGGCGAGAUCACGAACCGCAUCAUGUCUGACAUGGGGACCAUCCAAGAGGCCGUGACGAGCAAAUUGGCAGUGCUUUUGACAGCCAUUGCGACAUUCUGCGCCGCUUAUGUUGUUGCGUUUAUCAUGUACUGGAAGACGGCUCUAAUUCUCAGCCCCUUUUUUGUCGCUAUGCUGGCUUCUGGAAGCAUCGGCGGCGCGUACGCCGUCAAGCAUUUCAAACUCGCCAAGGAGCAGUACGGUCAAGCUUCCGGCAUCGCUGAGGAGGCUCUCAGCGCCAUCAAGCAUAUCACUGCCUUUGGAAUCCAGAAAGUCAUUUCCAGGCGAUACCUUGCCGUUCUGAGCAGUGCCGACAAGCAGAAUAGCAUGGCCGAGAAUAUCGUCGCUGGUAUGAUUGCCUGGAUGAAUACUAUGCCCAACCUCCUCUAUGCGCUUUCCUUCUGGGCUGGUUCCAUAUACCUGGUAAAGCAGGAGGUUUCUGUUGCUGGCGUGACUGCUACCACGUUGGCAAUCACCAUCGGCUCUUUUGCGAUCACCAGAAUUGCUCCUUCGGCACAAGCUCUGACAUCUGGUGUUGCCAUCACUGGCCAAGUGCUGAAGGCAAUUUCAAGAAAAUCCCCCGAGGACCCGAUGUUAGAUAUCGGCGAAGUUCCUGCGAAGGUUGUCGGUGAGAUCAGGCUGGAAAACAUCGAGCUGAUUUAUCCGUCUCGGGAUGAUGUGCCGGUUCUCAACGGUGUCACGUUGACAUGCCCUGCGAUGAAGAGGACAGCGAUUGUCGGUCCGUCUGGAAGUGGGAAAAGCAGUAUUCUAGGCUUGCUGGAACGGUUCUAUCAGCCCACUGAUGGGAUUGUCUCACUGGAUGGACACGAUGUCCAGUCGUUGAAUCUUCGCUGGCUACGAAGGCAAAUCUCUCUGGUCGACCAGAAUCCCGUAUUAUUCAAUGGAUCGAUUUUCGAUAAUAUCACCUUUGGUAUCUCCGAUGCUCUAGGCCAACUUACCAAAGAUGAGACUGAGAAAAAGGUCUUUGAAGCGGCCAAGAAGGCCAACGCACAUGACUUCGUGGCCGGUCUCCCAGACGGUUAUCAGACUCAAGUUGGUGAGAAGGGCUUUCAAUUAUCUGGUGGUCAAAGACAGAGGAUUGCUAUUGCUCGUGCACUCGUGAAGGAUCCGAAAAUCCUUCUCUUGGAUGAAGCGACAUCAGCGUUGGAUUCAAAGUCUGAAUCCAUCGUCCAAGCCGCAUUGAAUGUUGCCUCAGAACAACGGACUACUAUCAUUGUUGCCCAUCGGCUGUCAACUGUCAGGAAUGCCGAUAAUAUUAUCGUACUUGCGGACGGCAAAGUAGUAGAAAAAGGUAACCAUGGUGAUCUCCUUGCCAAGAAUGGAGUCUACGCAGGCUUGGUGCAAAAGCAGCAAAUCAGUGACACGAAGCGAGCGGAGAUUGAGGCUGAGCCUCGGUAUUCGAUUGAAGAUAUCAAGCAAAAGGCCUCCUCGAUCACAAUAGAUGACCCAGACAGCAAGGAAACCCAUUCAGACCAUGGCAACAACCUGACAACGCCCACAAUCUCAACCAAGAAAAUAGGAGCUCCAAGCGCGAAGAAUACCGCCUUAUUUAUGACAAGGAUGGGUAGAACAGACUGGAAGGUACUUACUUUCGGACUCAUUUGUGCAAUAUUUGCAGGUUUGACGAUUCCAGCACAAUCUGUUUUCUUUGCCAAACUACUUACCGUAAUUGGUUUGCCAUCAUCUCGACACUCGGAACUAAGAAGUGAGGUCAAUCUCUGGUCCGGAGUGUUUGUCGCCCUUGCAGGUGGAACGUUCAUUUUGUUCAUGGGUUUGGAAAUAUCCCUUGCUUAUGCGACUCAACGACUCUCACACAGGGUCCGUGAGCUCUGCUUUGGAUCUAUGAUACAUCAGGACAUGGCAUAUUUUGACGAGCAACGGAAUUCCCCCAGUGCGCUCUCCGGCAUACUUUCCAAGAGCACGGACGAUCUCUCCGGCAUGGGCGGGCCGGUCCUUGGCGGCCUAUUGACGUUCAUCUCGACCAUCCUCGGCGGCAUUGUUGUCUCACUGGCCAUCGGGUGGAAGCUGGCCUUGGUGUGCACUGCCACUAUCCCCGUCGUAGUUGCUUGUGGAUGGCUUCGACUCCAGGUCUUGACAACCUUCGACUCCCGAAUCCGACAAAGUGGCGUUGAUUCCGCAGCUUACGCAGGAGAGUUGGUCCGCUCCAUGCGCACUGUUGCGUCUCUAGGCCUUGAACAACAUGCUCUGACGCGCUAUGAUGGCUUCUUAGCGGAGAGAGCGGCCAAGUCGCUGCGACCAAUCUUAUCUGCCUCGGCGCUGUACGCUGCAUCGCAGUCCGUUGUCUAUUUAUGUGCAGCACUCGGCUUCUGGUACGGUGGAAUCCUGAUUGCUGAUAGAGAGUACACCGCAUUCCAAGUAUACAUAUGUUUCGUGUGUCUUAUUUCAGGGUCCCAGAUUGCUGGCUCUAUAUUUACGUUUGCUCCAGACGCUAGCAAGGCGAUGCAUGCAAGCCAUGAGCUGCAGGGAUUCAUCGGGCUAAAGUCCAGAGGCAAAUUUCAUGCUGAAUCUUCACCUGAACCUGCCGAGAAGAAACCGAGCUUACACGACUCGCAACCGUGUCACAUCGUCUUUGACAAAAUUGGAUUCUCUUAUCCGUCAAGGCCUGACAAACGGGUACUGGAUAAUUUCAGCAUAACCAUAGAACCCGGGCAAACGUUGGCACUGGUGGGACAGAGCGGGAGCGGAAAGAGUACAUGCAUCUCGCUUCUUGAACGGUUUUAUGAGCCAGAUCAGGGACGCAUCAUGGUUGACGGUCACAACAUUGAAAGCUUGGACGUGGACGAGUACCGUCGAAACAUUGCGCUUGUAAGUCAAGAAACGAUUAUAUUUUCAGGGACUAUCAGAGAAAAUGUCACCAUUGGUCUGGCUUGGGAAGAAGUCAGUGACGACGCCGUUCUCGAAGCCUGUAGGCAAGCCAACAUUGCCGAGUUUAUAAAGUCGCUACCGGAUGGGCUAUCAACUCUCGUGGGAAUGGGAGGUAGCAUGCUGAGCGGAGGUCAGAAGCAGCGUAUUUCCAUUGCCCGCGCGUUCCUCAGAAGCCCUAAAAUUCUCCUGCUCGAUGAAGCAACUUCAGCGCUAGACACCGAAUCCGAAGCCGUCGUUCAAACGGCCAUGAACGCAAUAAUGAAGGAUCGCACUACGGUCAUGGUUGCUCACCGACUAAGCACAGUUCGGAAUGCGCAUACUAUAUGUGUAUUGCAAGAUGGCAUGGUUGUAGAAACGGGGAACCAUGAGCAGCUCAUGGCAAAACAUGGAAAAUACUAUGAAAUGGUGGGUAUGCAAAAUCUACAUUAG